AGGGUCAUAGUGCACUCGGAAGCGAACCUGCUCUCCUAUGGUCAGUUACCUUUGACGUGUGUACAUCGCUCAGUGAAUUUCGCUCUUAUACCCCAGAGAUCUCCAUUUCAGUCAAUCUGUCUGCUUCUGUCGCUCAAUCACCACACAGCCGUAUGUUAGAAGAGAAGUUGAACACAGCCUUAGUGACGGGCAUACUUCUAUUGAACCUACGGGAUGUCAUAAAAUUCAACGUGAAGGACUAACCUACCCUGGCCACCGUUUCUUCCCCCUCAUCCACCAUGUCCGACUCAGAGGCCAAAAGGUACAUCGUCGCUACUGACGGGAACACUCGCGUCUUUGUCAAUAGAUCGGAAGUAUUACAGUACGAGGAGUUUGUCACCGUUACUCGGCAAUAUUUCUUCCCAGGAUCGGACUCCUUGAAAUUGGUUUUACAAACUAACGAGCUGGACAUAUGUGCCGGACACUACGUCGACAUUCCACCAAAUUUAUGGCACGAGAUGAGCGCAUUUGUCUCUAAUAUCCGGGUCGUCAGUCGGCAUGCUCGAGCAACGUCUCCAUUGAUGGCAAUUUGUGUAAAGACUAUUGCUGGGAAACAAAUACCGCUAUCUCUCCCUGAGUCUGCAUUUGUAUCCGACCUGGCAGCGCUGGUCCAUGAAUCGGAGGGACAUCCACCAGAGGAGCAGCAUCUCAUCUAUGGAGGGCGAUGGUUGGCGUUCGAAGAUCGGCUUUCUGCGUACGAUAUUCGUGAUGGAGCGACAAUUCAUCUCCUUAUACGAGGCAAAGGGCGCAUGUAAGGGAGAUCGGAGGUUGUAUUCAGGACAUGGUAGAACUUUUUUUUAGCGGACCUUACUUUUUCUAAGGGACAGGCAAAGAACGAGU